UUGUGAGACUUGGAAGGUGAAAAGAAAAUGAAACUGAUCUGGUUCGCAAUGGUUGUUGGGAUUAGUAUUUCAAUAGUGCCGGGAUUCGCUGAACAUGACGAUUACUAUACAAACUCUACAAGAACAUUGGCGCGAAAAAAAAGAUAUCUUAUUUUUCGGGACAUAUCAAGAGGAUUUAUUCGUGUCAAUGUCAAGGAUAGAAUGAUUGACUCUACAAACAUAUGGGCUCAAGGAGUUGGGUUCCGUUGGAACGUUGAGUAUAAUAAUCCUCCGGGACUCAAAAUCACCAAACGGGAUGUACAUAGAACUCUAGAAGAGAUGCUGCAAAUGCAUGAUUUCGAUGGACGAGCAUGUAUUUUAAGAACAAUUUGUGAAUUGUCUAAUAAUAUCACUCCUAACAGUGGAAUUAUUUUCAAGUUGUUCAGAAAGAUUUUCUCCGUACCUGCAGCAACUGACGAUACUUCCACCGGUUCCAGCAGUUUGCCUCAAGGUGAUGAAACAUACUUCCCCUACCUAGCUUCGAAUGAUUGUUUGGAGCUAGACAGGCAUUGUCCAAUAUCCCAGCUAGAAAUAUUGGACAACAACACCGUAUAAACCAUGGAAGCGAAAAUCAAGUGAUUCUUGUUUGCACUCUUUGGAAUCGAGUUCCGGUUCUGCAGCGUUCAGCGGUAUCAUUUAUCAAUUUACUCUAGUUUGCCCUGGCAGCAUCCUUCCGUCGGAGAUAUAAAAUAUCACUUUCCCACAUCGUCAGCGAUUGCACCAUUAGUUAACAGCAGACACGAUGGGAUGGCGAACUGCUCAUCUUAGGGAUCAGUUCAACAGCUUGUCGAUAUCACCAAAACGGAAGCAGGUGAAUGAUUGAAGCACCCUCCAUCGAUAGGGAAGCACUCCGAUUACCAUCGAUAAUGUUGUGUCUCAUCGGUUGAUUAGUAUACUUGAUGCUGUGAUGGAAA